GGAUAUUUGUCAGAGUGAUCAGUGCAUGUGCAGCGGAGAGCCCAAAUAGCCAAACACAACACCAUCAACAUCCAUUCUUCGUCAUAAUAACCAUAACCCUCCCAAUGUUGAAAAUCUUCCCCUCCUUCUCCCCCUCUCGCUUUCCCAUCAGUAGUCGGCAAAUGUGAAUUGUGAGCCCUUUUUCUCUCCAGCAGCGAAAAACCCAGAAUUAAAACCCCCAUCUUCUCCUAACUAAAUUCUAGAAAUGCAAGAUAUACAUGCUAUUAGUGGAGGUGGAGGAGUAGCAGGCGGAGGAAACAGGUUGUUUGCCGGUGGCAGCGGCGGUGGAGAUAGAAGAUUAAGGCCACACCACAACCAGAACCACCAUCAAGCUCUAAAGUGCCCUCGUUGCGAUUCUUUGAACACCAAAUUUUGCUACUACAACAACUAUAAUCUUUCCCAGCCUAGACACUUCUGCAAGAGCUGCAGACGCUACUGGACUAAAGGUGGCGUUCUGCGUAACGUUCCCGUCGGCGGCGGCUGCCGCAAAACCAAGCGCUCCAAGCCUAAACAGGCCGCUUCUGCCGACGUUGCAGUUGCCGGGGCUCCGGCUCCCGGGGAACGGAAGUCCAAUUCUCAUUCUAGUAGCGAGAGUUCGAGUCUCACCGCGACUACAACGGCUGCGAAGAAAACUCCCGGAGCUGGCACAACCGGUGAGGUUGCGUCGGCCACGGUGAAUUCGUCGAGUUCGGGAGCUUCGAAUUUGAUGAAUUUCACGGACUCGAGGUUCUUUCUGGCGCAGAUGAAUCCAAGUACUAGUUUUGAGCAUCCUCAGCCGUUGAUUAAUCCUGCAGUUACAUCGGAGGGUCAGAUUUUCACGGAUAUGGGGAGCUUUACGAGUCUGAUGACUUCAUCUAACGAUCCGGCUAUGCUAGGAUUUGCUAACGUGACGGCAACCGACAUUUCGGGUUACCGGUUGCAACAGAGCCAUCAGGGUGCGGUUCUAGACGAUCAGAGCUCGAAUCAGAUGGCGGGGACUGCUGGUGGCGGCGGUGGUGAUCACGAAUUGAAGAUGGAUCAGAUCAAUUGUGGGUUUUUGGAUCAGACGGCCCAGAUUGGGUUCCCCGGGUUGCAGCAGAACAGAAUAAGCAAUGGUGGACUCCAGGGUCUCGAUUGGCAUAUUAACGGCGGAGGAGGUGGGGGUGAUGAUGGAGGAGGGGAGCAGGGAUUGUUUGAUUUCUCAGGGACCGUCGAUCAAGCUUAUUGGGGUCAAAAUCAGUGGGCUGAUAAUGAUCAAUCCCUGAAUUUUCCUCCCUUAGUAUAGUAAUUUUAAGAAUUUUUAACUCUGAAAAUAUAUAAUUACUACAUAAUUUGACCCCGAAAAUAAAAAUAUGAAAUCAACAAGGGAAAUGGCAUUUUGGUUGACUGCAGUUGCUAUGUAAAUUUGUUUUGCUUACUUUGUUGUUCUCACCUUUUGAAUUUUUUUUUGUCUCUUGGGCUUAUUAUUUUACUGCCGUUUGGGAUUUGGAUUUGGAUUAAGUCCUGUAAUUUCCUUAAGCCACUAACUAUAAGGUGGGUUUUUCUUUUUUCUUUUUUCUUUUUUUAUUUUAUUGUCUACUGGGGGUUGGAAUAUACAUCUGAACCCUUCUUCCCUCAUGGGUUUUGGCUUUCAAUGUACUGGGGGAUUAUGUUACUGAAAUAUGGAGAAGAUAUAUGGAUAUCAGGUUUCUCCUACUAUUUUCCA